AUGGAAAUAAAGCCCUAUGUAAUACAGAGAUACAGGAGAGGUAGUAGACCUUCAGAAAGAAAAGGUGCUCCAGGUGCAUUGUGCUGUAAGAGAGGUAGUAGAGCUUCAGUAAGGAAAGGUGCUCCCUGUGCACUGUGCUGUAACAGAGGUAGUAGAGCUUCAGUAAGGAAAGAGUCUCCAGGUGCACUGUGCUGUAACAGAGGUAGUAGAGCUUCAGUAAGGAAAGAGUCUCCAGGUGCACUGUGCUGUAACAGAGGUAGUAGACCUUCAGUAAGGAAAGGUGCUCCAGGUGCACUGUGCUGUAAGAGAGGUAGUAGAGCUUCAGUGAGGAAAGAGUCUCCAGGUGCACUGUGCUGUAACAGAGGUAGUAGAGCUUCAGUAAGGAAAGAGUCUCCAGGUGCACUGUGCUGUAAGAGAGGUAGUAGAGCUUCAGUAAGGAAAGGUGCUCCAGGUGCACUGUGCUGUAACAGAGGUAGUAGAGCUUCAGUAAGGAAAGAGUCUCCAGGUGCACUGUGCUGUAACAGAGGUAGUAGAACUUCAGUAAGGAAAGGUGCUCCAGGUGCACUGUGCUGUAAGAGAGGUAGUAGAGCUUCAGUAAGGAAAGAGUCUCCAGGUGCACUGUGCUGUAACAGAGGUAGUAGAGCUUCAGUAAGGAAAGAGUCUCCAGGUGCACUGUGCUGUAACAGAGGUAGUAGACCUUCAGUAAGGAAAGGUGCUCCAGGUGCACUGUGCUGUAACAGAGAUAGUAGAGCUUCAGUAAGGAAAGAGUCUCCAGGUGCACUGUGCUGUAACAGAGGUAGUAGACCUUCAGUAAGAAAAGGUGCUCCAGGUGCACUGUGCUGUAACAGAGGUAGUAGAACUUCAGUAAGGAAAGAGUCUCCAGGUGCACUGUGCUGUAACAGAGGUAGUAGAGCUUCAGUAAGGAAAGAGUCUCCAGGUGCACUGUGCUGUAACAGAGGUAGUAGACCUUCAGUAAGAAAAGGUGCUCCAGGUGCACUGUGCUGUAACAGAGGUAGCAGAGCUUCAGUAAGGAAAGAGUCUCCAGGUGCACUGUGCUGUAACAGAGGUAGUAGAGCUUCAGUAAGGAAAGGUGCUCCCGGUGCACUGUGCUGUAAGAGAGGUAGUAGAGCUUCAGUAAGGAAAGAGUCUCCAGGUGCACUGUGCUGUAACAGAGGUAGUAGAGCUUCAGUAAGGAAAGGUGCUCCAGGUGCACUAUGCUGUAACAGAGGUAGUAGAGCUUCAGUAAGGAAAGAAUCUCCAGGUGCACUGUGCUGUAACAGAGGUAGUAGACCUUCAGUAAGAAAAGGUGCUCCAGGUGCACUGUGCUGUAACAGAGGUAGUAGAGCUUCAGUAAGGAAAGGUGCUCCCGGUGCACUGUGCUGUAAGAGAGGUAGUAGAGCUUCAGUAAGGAAAGAGUUUCCAGGUGCGUUGUGCUGCAGCAGAGGUAGUAGAGCUUCAGUAAGGAAAGGUGCUCCAGGUGUUGCCAAUAAGAAAUAG